AUGGAUACGCCAAGAUGGAAUCUAAAUAAUAAAGGGAUGUUCUCUGUUAAAUCUCUGUACAACCAUAUAAACAAUGAUGCAAAUGUGGAAAUUAAAUGGAGUAGGAUAUGGAAUAUGAAGACAACACCGGCAGUUAAAAUAUUCAUCUGGAAAGUGGCUCAUUCCAUUUUACCCAAUAGCAUGAGAGUGGCAGCCAUAUUACCUGAUAUAGAUACUACAUGCAAACUUUGCAAUGAAAGCCGUGAAACUUUAUCCCAUAUGUUCCUUCACUGUAAUUACGCCACUCAGGUAUGGAUGCACUUCAAUUUCAGUAUGGAAUUCAUUAGGAAUGGUACCAAAACUUUUCAUGAAUGGUUAACUAACUGCUUUGAUAACCCGAAAAGGGGAGAAUAUGAUAUAGACUGGCCUGUUCUUUGUAGAAUCAUAAUUUGGACUAUUUGGAAAGUAAGAUGUGAUGUUGUUUUUAAAAAGAAGUUCCAGAACAGUAUUGCAACUUCUAAUAAGAUUAUUACUUUUAUUAGCUAUAACACAGUGACAAAAACUGGUCAUAAUAUAAUGGAAGAGUUGUACUACAACUCCAGAAAUGAUGAUGUCCUCCAAAUAAAUAAAAACCCGAUUUUGGAGAACGGAAAAAAUCUGGCUUUACAUAUUAACAUUGCCCCGACUAUAGCAGAUUCUUCAAUGAGAGCAGGGAUUGACUUAACUUUGAUUGAUCAUACAUGCACAAUCAGAGAAGCAAGAGGCUUCUACAUUGAAAGUAGAUCAAUAGAAGAACUUGAAAGAGCUGGAGCAGACGCUGCUUUCCAAUGGGAAACAUGUUGGAGUGGUCACAUAAUCUCUUUUAAAAGCGACUCAGAACCAACUCUAGUGUUGUUGGUGGGAAUGUAUGCAGAAGCUAGAAUACAGCGUUACCUCAUUAGUGAAGAUUAUGGAAACACAAGAAAAUUUGAAACAAUCUUUUUAGUCCAGGAUUUUAAUUUGGUGAGGAGUACUGAUGUUUUUUGA